CGUCCUUACCCACGCCUGGCACGCCUAGAAUCUGCCCCGUCACCACUGUUGGCCACCGAUCCCACGACGUCCCUCCCACGCUUAUCCACAACUGACCACGCCUGCGUAUUGCUGCCUUUUAGGCUCAGGUCCUUCCCCCGCCCGCCUCCCUGCGCCUUUCCCUCUCAUACCUUCCAACAUCCAUUCCCCUUUCGGUGACCCUGCUUUGACAGCAAGUCUGUUACACCUCGUUCAUUAUUUUCUUCCACGCCUACUCAUACGCCGAUGGUCGACUCCGCCGACGAGCCUCCGCUGUCAAGUCGUCUAAUCUCAUGGGCUAAGACCAAGACUCCCUCAGCGCCAUCUUCCGCUCCUCCCCAUCGAACUCUCCCUGAUCCUUCGGACCAAUCUACUUCCGCGCGACACCGUCCAGACACCCGCCGACAAGAUGCUGGGAGUAGCCCCUCUGCAGCUGGUCCUGCAACAACAACAGACCAUUCCACGGAUGGAAGAACGGAUAAAGAGCAACAAAAUCCACCGCUUGUGGACGAGAAAGGAGAUGGAACGCAAUCUUCCACCCUAGGAAAUCCGCCUCCCAAGGACAAAGCGCCCUUGGUCAAUCGUUUCUUCCGCGAUGUCAAGCGCAUCCUCUUCUCCAGUUGGGUCAAUUGGCUACUCGUCUUUGUCCCAGUUGGCAUCAUACUGGGGAUCAUUGUCGACUGGAUGGACAGCCGGAUUGUGAGCCCUAGCGCUGUAUUUGCCAUCAACGCAGUCGCCAUCAUUCCGCUGGCCUCCCUUUUGUCGUAUGCGACAGAGAGUGUCGCCAUCAAGCUAGGCGAUACCAUUGGUGCUCUUCUGAAUGUCACCUUUGGGAAUGCCGUCGAGUUGAUCAUCUUCAUCAUUGCUCUAGCAGCAAAGGAGGUGCGCGUGGUCCAGGCCGCCGCCCUUGGUUCGAUCUUGUCCAAUCUGCUUUUGAUCUUGGGCAUGUGCUUUGUUGCCGGCGGUCUUCGAUUUCGAGAACAAUUAUACAAUUCCACGGUGUCUCAGAUGAGCGCGUGCCUAUUGUGUCUGAGUGUUAUCAGUCUCCUCUUACCGACAGCGUUUCAUGCUUCAUUCUCGAACACUGUGAAGGCGGAUCAUGUGGUAUUGAAGGUCUCACGAGGCACCAGUGUGGUGCUUUUGUUGGUCUACAUACUUUACCUCUUGUUCUCCCUGAAAUCCCACGCCUUUAUGUACCAGAGCACUCCUCAACAUCUAAUUGAUGAGGAGUCGCAUCCAGGAGUCCUCGCCGACAUCCUCAACUCGUCCAGCUCUUCGAGUGACUCCUCGAGUUCCAGUGACAGUGACACGGAUUCAAGUUCCAACUCGAACACGACGACCAAACGCAUCAAGCGCGCACUCCGCCGCAAGCGGCGUAAGUCAACUUCAAGCACGAAGGAAAACGCCUCCGUGGUGACAUUCACCAGAAGUUCAUCCAUGCUCACCGCCCACGGCGGCUCAAUGAUCCAGGCUACUUCUCUGACUCCGGCGGAGCUAGAACCCGUCUUUAGCGGUGACGAGGCUGACGUCGACGGCGAAGGAAGGGCAGCUCGUCACCGCUCUCGCUCACAUACUGUUCACUCUCGCGACUUCGAAAGCGCCAUUCCAACCGAUCAGACUUCAGAGAAAUCCAAGAGACGCCACCGAAAGUCGAAGAAGUCCAAACGUACCAAGAAGGACAAAGACAAGGGGAAGAGUAAAGAGUCGGAAAAGGAAAAGGAGCCCGUUGUGGAGACGGUGACUCAUGAGAGCUCCUUGUCGACUGCGGAUACGAUACCACCACAAGUUGGAUUUGCGUCAGAUAUCCAGGAGAUCCCGAACGAUGGCACCGUGAAGCGAUCGUUCAAUAUUCGCAACAUCUCCGAAGCUGUCAAGCCCGCAUUUACAUCCGCAAAUUUCCCUCAUCAUCAAGCCACCGGACGGCCUCUUGCGAUCCCUAUUCGUCCCAUCUCGCAACCACGGCCUACCCCCCGGCCUGUCCGUCGUACUGCUUCAAUGCCGGACAUUCUUCAUCCGACGAUGUCCAGCAAUCGCCUAGUACCUACGAUGUCUGCACCGGCCCAACAUGACGCAACGUCACCGGAAAGUGCAACUGAGGUCCAAACGGAGAAUGUUGUGGAGCCUCAGGCGCAUCUGUCCCGCACCUCUGCUGUUGUCCUACUUCUGGCUUCGACCGGACUUGUCGCGUUAUGUGCCGAGUUCUUGGUUGGCAGCAUUGAUUAUUUGAUCGCCAAUAGCGGUGUCAGUCAAGCAUUCAUCGGACUGAUCAUUCUUCCUAUUGUGGGCAAUGCCGCCGAGCAUGUGACAGCCGUGACGGUUGCCGCCAAAAACAAGAUGGACCUGGCCAUUAAUAUUGCCUUGGGUAGCAGCAUUCAAAUCGCGCUCUUUGUCACUCCUCUGAUGGUCAUCCUGGGGUGGAUCAUCAAGACGGAUAUGAGUCUGUAUUUCAGCCUUUUCGAAACCGUCAGCUUGUUCGCCAGUGCCUUUAUUGUCAGCUUCCUGAUGAUCGAUGGCCGAAGCAAUUACCUGGAGGGAGCGCUGCUCAUUGCGGCAUAUGUUAUCAUUGCUGUUGCGGCCUUCUUCUAUCCCACCUGUGAUCUGAGUUCCGCGAGUGGUCCACUCGAUGGCACCAAUCCCGUCUGCUAAGAUGAUACAAGAGGACGACGGUUCAUCUUGAGAGUGGGAUUGGGGGGAAUUAGGCAGAGUGUCGGGGCCCUGCUCCUCCAACUACAUUCGUUUAAACGUUCUUAGGGGAAAGGAGGGACAGACGGGCUUGGGUGACGAGUUGGUUCACAUUGACGGGUGGUUUUGGUUGCUAUUCAACACAUUCUUUGACUGGGAAAAUGAGGCAUGAUCUGUUUGCCGGCGUGCUCGUCGCAGCUCCUCUGCGGUCGCCUGGAUAUGCUUGCAAUUGACAGAUGGGGAUCACUACUUUGUGGUCAUAUUUGACUAACUCAUACAGAAUAUGACUGGUAUGGUUCAGGGCGCACGUACCGGACCUACAUUUUGCUUGACCUUGAUCGUCACCCUGCUUUGAUUUGAUUCUUGACCCGUUUUGUGGGCUUCUGUAUUCUUUGUCAGUGUGAUUAUCAGUGUGCCUCAUAGGUGAGCGGUGGUCUUUUGGUGUGACAAGCUGAGGCCUGAGGCCACCAAUGGCCGCAAGACGGAGCGGGCCUCACCAGCCUUGUUGUACGGACUCGUAAAACAGCCACCAGCCCAAAUCCUC